AUGGACAUGACGGUACAUUCAGCUUUGAAGCUUGAAGACUUGUACCUCAUGCAAGCCCCCACAAUUGACCAGCAGAUACAGUUGCAGGAGCAUAGUGUCCCUGUCUGGCCCACGCAACUCCAGCAAUACACUCAGAUAACAAUGCUGGACGUCAUUCCACAUCACGACUACAACGUCGAGGUCAUGCAGACUGAUUGGGCUCAGUCUCAAAUACGCGGUGAUUGGGAAGAGUUGGACCAUCCAUCAGGAGCUCUAUACCACUAUAACAUGAAAAUGCUCCAGAGGCUCGAGUCGUGGAUCAAGGUGUCAAGAUCCAAACUAAACGGCAGGAAAUGGUUGCUAGUAGUCAAGCCGCUCCGAAUGAGAGGAAUAGACAUCUAUAUAUACUACUAUGUGGUUCUGGAGAGAAGGAUCAUUGCCUGGCUAGAACUGGUGGAUGGCUAUAUUCUUUUCCAGGAAUGUACAACGGUGCGGCACUGGAACCAUAAAAGACUCGAACUGGAGGCUCAGUGUUACAGUAACAUGGCACGAGUCCCCCGCCAGCAGAGAGCCCUCUGCCACCGCACGGCUAUAGACGAUAACGGAGUCUCACCAGCUCUGUGA